UAAUUAUUUCAUUAUUUAAACGAUAAGAGGUUUUUAUAUAACGAUCACUCCUGGUAUACGUCAAGAUGGCGCCGAACUCGGAAUUCAGUUCGGAAUGUUAAUUUUAUUUUGUUUUUGUAUAUUUAUGCAUUUUUUCUUUGAAAUUCGCACAAUAUGAGUUCAAGAAGGUGGUUCUGGCCUACCAUCAGCGGAAUCGACGCUGAGAAAUUGUUGAUGGAAAGAGGGGUGGAUUGCAGUUUUUUAGCUCGACCUAGUUCUUCUAACCCCGGCGAUUUUACACUCUCAGUCAGGCGAAAUGGGGAAGUUACUCACAUCAAAAUCCAGAACUCGGGUGAUUUCUACGAUUUGUAUGGGGGCGAGAAGUUCGCGACUUUGUCCGAACUGGUGCAGUACUACAUGGAGAAGCAGGGGCAGUUGAAGGAGAAGAAUGGAGAGAUUAUCGAAUUGAAAUACCCGUUAAAUUGCGCGGAUCCAACGACUGAAAGAUGGUUCCACGGACACUUAUCCGGAAAAGAAGCCGAAAAGCUGAUAUUGGACAGAGGCAAAAACGGUAGUUUCUUAGUCAGAGAAAGCCAAUCCAAACCCGGCGAUUUCGUGUUAUCAGUCCGAACGGACGACAAAGUCACGCACGUCAUGAUCCGCUGUACACCGGAUAACAAAUACGACGUGGGAGGGGGCGAACAAUUCAAUAGCUUAGCCGAUUUAAUAGAGCAUUAUAAGAGGAACCCGAUGGUGGAAACGUCCGGUACUGUUGUGCAUCUCAAACAACCCUUCAAUGCGACUAGAAUCAACGCGUCCGGUAUCCAUUCCAGAGUCAAACAACUACAGACGGAAAACGGACCGAACAGUCUAGGCAAAGCCGGUUUCUGGGAGGAAUUCGAAUCGCUGCAACAGCAGGAAUUCAAGCACCUCUACCAUCGCAAGGAAGGCGUCAAGCCGGAGAACAGGAACAAGAAUCGAUACAAAAACAUAUUACCAUUCGACGAUACUCGGGUGAAGUUGAAAGACGUGGACCCGAAAGUGGCCGGCAGCGACUACAUCAACGCCAAUUACAUUCGAUGGAAAUCGGACGAGAGCGCCGCCGGCGAGCCGUCGAGCAACACCGAUCCCAGCGGCAAAGUGUACAUCGCCACGCAGGGCUGUCUGCCCUCCACCGUCGCCGAUUUCUGGCAGAUGGUCUGGCAGGAGAAUUGCCGGGUGAUCGUCAUGACCACCAAGGAGACCGAAAGGGGCAAGAACAAAUGCGCCAGGUACUGGCCGGACGUGAGCAGUACCAAAGAGUACGGCAAAGGUAAAGUUCGAAAUCUGAUGGAAUCGCACACGCCCCACUACACGCUGAGGGAGUUCCUGGUCAGCAUGGAAGGCUCGACUGCGGAGAGGAAAGUGUACCACUAUCAUUUCCAGGCUUGGCCGGAUCACGGGGUACCAUCGGAUCCCGGUUGUGUACUGAACUUUCUGCACGAGGUGAACAAGAGACAGGAAGCGUUGCAGUUGGAGUCUCCUCAUCAACCACCAGGCGCUAUUUUAGUGCAUUGUUCGGCCGGUAUCGGAAGGACGGGUACUUUUAUAGUAAUCGACAUGAUUUUAGACCAACUGAAAAGAUUCGGUCUCGAUUGCGAAAUCGACAUCCAACGUACAAUCCAAAUGGUCAGAUCUCAACGUUCCGGUAUGGUACAGACUGAAGCCCAGUAUAAAUUCGUUUAUCUAGCGGUACAACAUCAUAUAGAAACAAUCACGGAAAGAAUGAAGGCUGAACAAAAAUCGAUGCAACUCGGCAGGGAAUACACGAACAUCAAAUACAGCAGCGACAUCGGCAACAGCUGCACGACGCCCGGCGUCGCGUCGCCGCGAUCGGGCUCCGUCAGCGUCGCGUUCCCGCCGACGCCGGCGACGCUGAGGCACGAGGUCAAGAAGCCGCCGCGGGCGCUCUCCGAGAUCUCCCUACCCAGGCCUCCGGAUGAUUUGGUGAAGCCUACUUUGUACGAGAACAUUCCCGGUAACCCGGCCGGGUCCGCCCCUCCGCCGCCCCCCAGAAGGGCCUCGUGACCUAAGAAG